AAGUGGAGAAAAAGGACGGCCAUUUUGAAUAGUGUUGACACGGCAUUCUUGUGGCAACUUCGUAUACGUGUAGCGUGUUUUAAAGAUUUAAGCUUAAUGUUUUGUAAUGUCCUAGAGUUCAAAAGCACUUUUUACCAUUGAAGCAAGGCUGUGGUACUUUAUUUCUUAAUCAACAUAGCCCUAACGCUUUGGUCCGUCGUUCGGUCAGUCAACAGCACGAUGCCUAGUAAUCCUCGAAGAGUCAAAGCGAACAAAGAAGGUAUGGCUAAAACUACGGCAAAAGCGAGCGAUAGUGAAGAUUGCGACGAUUUACCAGAUUUGGUUGAUUGCACGGAUGACGAGGAUUCUGGCGAAGAAGAGUACCACAAAAAGCCUCCGACUAAAGCCAAAGGUAAAGCAAGGGAAAAACCGGCACCGAAGGCUAAAAACAACGCUGAGUGUGCAGACAUGUGGUAUAAAAUGAGUAAAGAUGAAAGGGAAAAGCACAUCCAUGUCAUGAGGGUUUAUUUGCUGUCGCCAUUCCUAUUUGGUCAAGUCUAUCAAGAAGACAAGUGGAUAAACUGGGCAUAUGAUUGUAAGCUACUACCCUCUAAAAGCUCCUUUGAGCAAAAAUACUUGGAUGAACAGUAUUUUGAUGCUGUGGAUUUAGUUGAAACAGCAUUUAACAAACUGGCUGACAAUGUGCUUUUAAAGAAUAAAGAUGGAUUGGUUAAAACUCUUGAUAUAAUUGGAAGUGCGGGAUUGACAAUGGCUCAGCAUGUUGACAAAGCAAUAACGUGUGCUGAGAGCUUUCUUGCAUUCACCAGUAUAAGGGAUAAAAUUAAACUGAAGUCGGGAAUAAGCAAGAAACAAGGUGACAUGGCUUUGCUCUUAGCCCAUAAUCAAGUGGCUGAUCAUAUCAAACUGUUAGCAGCAGGUGAGGAUCUUGUUGAAAAAUUCAACAAGAGAUGCAAGGAAGAGGAGGAUCGAACUGCUGACCAGAAGAAGGAAGGGAAUGAGGCAUUUUCAAGUGCAAAAUUUUCAGCUGCUAUUUCAACUUAUUCAAGAGCAUUACAUGUGAGUCCCUACAAUCACGUUCUUUAUGGCAACAGGUCUCAGAGCUUCCUAAAAACAAAAGAUCUCUGGAGUGCUCUUACUGAUGGCAGGAGGGCAGUGGUGCUGAAAGCAGACUGGCACAAGGCUCAGUACAGAUAUGCACAAGCAUUUUUUGAAAUGGGAAAUUUUGCAAGGGCCAAGGAGGUGAACAGGGCAGCAUGUAAGAUAUGCACAGACAAGAAGGACUUGGAGUCACAAUUUGAAAAAUUUGAGAAAGGUAUAAAAGCCAUUGUGGGAGCUUAAUGGUUAAGUCAGGACUCCACAUCACAUGAGAGGUUCAGUUUCAAUCCCUGGUUGGGGCAAUUGUAUCGUCUUCUUUUGGCAAGCCAUGUUACUUUUACAUUGUUUCUACAUUUUAUUAUAGAACAAUAUCCCACAUGUGAGGAUAUCAUUUUUAUCCACACAUAUGUGAUACCAUUUUUGUCCCUUAACUGCACUUAAAUUGUUGGUGAAUGAUUGAAACAUCUUCAGAUCUUCUUCGGAAGUCUUCAGCAACAUUGGGAAAUCAUCAGAAAAUGUUCGGAAACAUUUGUCUAGUCUUC